AUGGGACUCCUGUACUGUGUGCGCUGGCUUCGCGUGUGUAACCUCAUCUCCUGUCCUGUCUCCUCCCCUGCAGCAGAGAGUGGUGUGACUCUACUGCAGCUGAUCGGAGACCUGCCUCCUGAAUCCCAGGCCGGUCCGGGGGGGAAACCCGCCUACUACUUCGGAGGGCUGGAUGGGCUGACUGCUGCGGGACAGCCGGCCCUGGCCCACCUCCCCAACCCCUUCUACAGAGACUUCUCCCUGGUCUUCCAAAUCCUCCCCUCCAGCCCCGGGGUCCUCUUCUCCAUCACAGAUGCCUCCCAGAAGUUCAUGUACGUGGGGGUGAAGCUGAGCGCCCCGGACGCUGACGGCAGGAAUCAGAAGAUUCUGUUCUACUACACAGAGCCCGACUCUGAGGCCUCGUACCUGGCCGCUAGUUUCACCGUGCCCUCCCUGGACCUAGUCUCCUGGACCAAGUUCUCUCUGUCCGUGUUCAACGACCAGGUGACCUUCUUCAUGGGGUGCGACGCCUCUGGGAAGACAGUGAAGUUGGAGCGCUCGCCGGAUGACAUGGAGCUGGACAGGGGGGCGGGCAUCUUCGUGGGUCAGGCGGGAGGCGCAGACCCUGACAGGUUCGAGGGGGCGAUCGCUGAGCUGAAUGUGGUGGGUAACCCUCGAGCAGCUGAGCUACUCUGUGAAGACGAUGAUGACUCAGACGCUGCCUCAGGUGACUUUGGCAGUGGGGAUGGGGACAGAAGAGAGACCGGCAAAACUACCACCCCUCCAUCUCUCCGACCGGUGCCAGAGCCCCCUCUGACAUCAUCAGUGAGCGACAGGCUCUCAGAGACAGGUGACAGGAAUCAACAGACCUCAGUAGAGUCCAGACCAGGGUCAGGAGGUCAACCAGGCCCUACUGGUUCUAACGGAGUGAAGGGGGACAGAGGGGAGAAGGGCAGUCCAGGGGACAGAGGUCCCGCCGGGCCAAAGGGGGAAUCGGGGUCUUUCUCCAGCUCUGCUUCUUCCUCUGGCUCUUCAUCAGGUGGAGGAGAACGUGGAGAAAAGGGAGACAAAGGCUUGAAGGGCAGUUCUGGGUUUGGUUACCCAGGCUCCAAGGGGGACCGUGGCGUACCUGGUCCACCUGGCCCUCCUGGCCCUGGGGGGCCACCUGCCCAGGUUGUGAGGCUAGGGGACGGCUCUGUGGUGCAGCCAGUGGCCGGACCAAUGGGACCGAUGGGGCCCCCAGGGGCCAAAGGACCAGCAGGACCCCAGGGACCAGAGGGAGAGGCGGUGAGUUGGGAUCCAGGAGAGGAUGGCAAAUUAGGACCUGCCGGAGACAGAGGGUUCCCAGGAACACAAGGAGACUCAGGGGUCAAAGGACAAAAGGGGGAUCGUGGUGAUGGUCACCCAGGACCCAGGGGUUCUCCAGGGCCACCUGGACCCCCAGGCCCAGGGAUAGUUGAUCUCGCUACAUUUGUGGAUGUGGAAGGCUCCGGAGGAUUCCCAGAUUUGGAGAAAAUACAGACUCUCCGUGGUCUACCAGGCCCCCCGGGCCCACCAGGUCCCCCUGGCCCCUCAGCCAGUGGUGUCAACUCCCAUGGGUCAGGCUCUUUCGGGCCCCCUGGACCUCCCGGACAGGACGGGGCCCGUGGCCUACCAGGGCCCGCUGGUCCACCUGGCAGGCCUGGAACCCCAGGACCCAGUAGCGGAGAGAAGGGAGAAGCUGGUGAUCUAGGUCUUCCAGGGCCCAGUGGAGAGAGGGGUUCUCAGGGUGACCCUGGAGUGCCUGGUCAGGCAGGGCAGGGGGGCUUGGCUGGGCUUCCUGGGCCCAUGGGACCGAUUGGGCCUCCAGGACCACCCGGCCCCCCCGGACAGUCCUACCCCGUGCGUUAUGGUGACGGGGAGGGUUCCGUAGUGACAGGGGUCAAUGGUGUUGCUGGAGUGAUAGGAAUUCCAGGACCACAGGGUCCGCCCGGAAUCGCAGGCCUUCCGGGAAGAUCUGGUUUGCCUGGGCUUUCGGGAGAGAAGGGGAGCGAGGGAGCAAGAGGACGGGAUGGAACACCAGGGAUGGACGGAUUCCCAGGACAAUUGGGAGACAAAGGGGAGAGGGGAGACAGAGGAGAAAGGGGUGAGCCAGGGCGUGAAGGGGGGCCCCCUGGACCUCCAGGAGCCCCUGGCCCACCGGGACAGAUCUACCAGACCUCAGGCAGUUUUGAUGGAGUUCUUGGGAAUCAAGGAGAGGGAGGACCAGGUCUUCCCGGCCGGGCAGGAUUCCCAGGGCCUAUAGGACCAAAGGGAGAUACAGGAGAGCCUGGACAGCCAGGAUACGCAGCUAAGGGGGAGAAAGGAGAACCUGGUAUUAUCAUGGGGCCUGAUGGAAGACCCCUGUACCUGGGAGGGCUGGGGUCUCAACCGGGAGAGAAGGGACUCCCGGGACCUGAGGGACCUCCU